AUGGUGGGAGAGCGGGUUCUAUUGAAAGUUUCGCCCAUGAAGGGUGUGAAUAGAUUUGGAAAGAAAGGCAAGUUGAGCCCAAGGUAUAUUGGUCCUUUCGAGAUUGUAGAGAGCGUAUUGGUGAGGUGGCGUAUCAGUUGGCUUUGCCACCUGGGUGGUGCUCAUGUGAUUCAAUGGGAUUCGGUGUUACUUGAGCAAAAAUUGACUUUUGAGAAGGAGCCAGUAACCAUUUUGGAUAGGCAAAUUCGAAAGUUGAGGUCGAAAGAGAUUGCUUCAGUAAAGUUGAGGGAGAGACAGAGCAGCGUCGGAGAUGUUGUUGCCGUUCUCGCCGGUGAGAAGAGACGGGAGGGAGCAAGGAGAGAAGAGAUGAGAAGAGGAGGGCGGCGGGAGGAGGGCUGCUGCUUCUCGCCGGAAAUGGACGGAGAAUGA